AUGGAUAUUCUCUAAAUUAAUCCAAAAAACAUUUUAAAAGGUAAAAUUGUUAAUAAUUUUAGCCUAGUUUUCCAAGAAUAAGUUCCUUUAAGAUUUUAACUUCUUAAAUAAUAUAUUUUAUACUGUUGUUUUAAGCGAGUAUGAAAUUCUUUAAAAAAUACAAACUAAUUCCUGUGAUGUAAUUAUGCAAAAUGAAAUUAUAAUCAACAAUUCCACUUUUUUAUGGCACCAGGAAUUUUGUAACAAUUCGCAAAGUUACAUUUAUAUUAUUCAAACUCAAAAAUGUACAAUUUCUAAUUAAAUCUAAGUUAGGUUAAGACAUUAGAAAAUGGCAAAAUUAUAUUUUCUCUAUUGAAUCCAAGAAAUAAUAUCAACCUGAAAUACUUAUUCAACAAUUUACAGUUAUGAUUUAAAAAUCAAAUUAUAAAUCCUUAGAGAAGUUCAAAAAGUUAUUAUAAAUCAAUGGUAUUCUUUUAUAAUAAGAUUCAAUUGAAUCGGAAUCCACUUAUUCUAAAUAUUAAGCUUCUAUAAACACUAAUCAAAUAUCCGAAGAUGAAGAUUUGAUCAUAAAACCAAUUUAAAAUUUUAACAUUAAAGAUAGUACCGAAGAUGGAUCUAAUUAAAUUCCAACAUUUUAAUUAUAUCAUAAUUUAGAUUAAAAACCUAUAUAUAAAACAUUAAAUGGAGUUUAUAUUCCUUAAGAUCCUGAAAUUUUUCUAAGAAGUCAAGAUGAAUAAAAUUCAAAGGAAAUAGUUAACGAUUAAUAUGAAGAAACAUUAAAUUAAUAGAAUGAUUAAAAGAAAGAUCAAUAAUAAAGUUUAUUGUAAAGAGAAGAUGAAAAUUAGUAGAAUAUUGAUUUUAUUGUUUAUGAAGAUCCAAUUAGUUGGAUAAAUUAAGAUAGUUAAGAUGUAGAAGUCUUUUAAUUUAAUGAGGAUUAGUAAAAUAUUAGCAGUAAAACAUAAAUCUAAAGCAACUAAAAUAAUGAUUAAACUCAAUCAAUUUUAUAAAGCAAUAAUAGUAAUAAUUAAGAAAAAUCAAAUUAAAUACUAUAACUACAAGAUACUUCUAAAUUAAACUUAAAUAAUUAACAAGAUGGUAUGAUCAUUGAAUAAUAGGUAAAGGUUGAAGAGAUUAUUUUGGACUAUUAAGAUAAUUCACAGACCAAAAACAUUUAAAAUGAUUAAAGUCAAUAUUAAUAAAAUACUUAAAGUAUGAAUAGCCAAUAAUAACAAUAAUAAUAAUAAUAACAACAAUAAUAACAAUAAUAAUAGUAAUAAUAACAAUAAUAAUAUUAAUAAUAAUAACAAUAAUAACAAUAAUAAUAUUAAUAAUAAUAACAAUAAUAACAAUAAUAAGAAUUAUAUUAAUAAUAAUAACAAUAAUAUUAAUAAUAAUAACAAUAAUAAGAGUAAUAUUAAUAAUAAUAACAAUAAUAAGAGUAAUAAUAAUAAUAAUAACAGUAGUAAUAAUAAUAAUAAUAAUAAUAAUAAUAAUAAUAAUAAUAAGAAUAAUAAUAAUAAUAAUAAUAAUAAUAAUAAUAAUAAUAAUAAUAAUAAUAAUAAUAAGAAUAAUAAUAAUAAUAAUAAUAAUAAUAAUAAUAAUAAUAAUAAUAAUAAUAAUAAUAAUAAUAAUAAUAAUAAUAAUAAUAAUCAUAAUAAUAAUAGUAAUAAUAAUAAUAAUAAUAAUAAGAGUAAUUUUCACCUUAAAAUAAUCAAUAAGAUACUAAUCUACAUUAAGAAUCUAAAGUACAAGAGGAUAUAAAGGAUGAAAAUUAAUUUUAUUAAAGUCAUAAAAAAUAAUUUGAAUAACCUGAUGAUUAUUAUGACUAUGAUUAUUAUACAUCAUUGUAUAGUGAUUACGAUAAUGAUUAUGAUUAUCAUCCCAGAAGAUAUUUAAGUCAUCAUCAUAGAGCACCUUAAAUAAAACAUUUUCAUCACCAUAAUCAUUAGAUAUCUAGAGAUGAGAGGGAAUACGAUGAUAUAAAUAAAAAUUUAAAUGUUUAGGGCUAUUCAAAUUAGAAAUUUAAUUUAAGAGGAAAAAAAAGAAAUUAGCAAAGCGAUAAUACUAUCCCAAUUAUUGCAGAAAGAAUCAUAAUUGAAUAUAAUUUUGUCAAUGCAAAAGAAGAAGAAAUAAAACUUAAUGGAGAUGAGGAGGAAGAUAAAUCUUAAAACGAAAGAGAAGAAGAAGAUCAAAAAAAAGAUAAGCCUAAUUAAGAUAAAAAAUAAAAAACUAAUAAAAGUAAAAGUACUUAAGAAGUAGAAGAUGAACCCAAAGAAUAACAAUAAGAUGAGGAUAAGGAAGAAAAGGAUAAAUAAAAAAAGAAUAAGUCAUAAAAUAAUGUUUAGAGUAACUCAUAAAAUAAAAGUUAAGAAAAAAAUAAGGUGGAUCCAAAAGGCAAGUCUUAAGACAAAUCUUAACCAAAGUCUUAAGACAAAACUUAACCAAAGGCUUAAGACAAAACUUAACCUAAGGCUUAAGACAAAGCCUAACCUAAGGCUUAAGACAAAACUUAACCAAAAGCUUAAGAUAAGGAGAAAGAGAAGGAAAAGGAGAAAUAAAAAAAUAAAGAAUAACCUAAAGCUAAUGCUAAUAAACCAAAGCCAAAAAAUGAUUAAGAAGGUGAAGAUAAAGAGUAAGAGAAAGAAUAAGAAUAAGAGUAGGAAUAAGAGUAAGAGUAGGAAUAAGAGUAAGAGUAGGAAUAAGAAUAAGAAUAAGAGUAGGAAUAGGAAUAAGAGUAAGAAUAAGAGUAGGAAUAGGAAUAAGAGUAAGAAAAUGAAGAUGAAAAAGAACAAGAUUAGGAAUAAGAAAAUGAAGAUGAAAAAGAAAACGAAGACGAGAAAGGAGAAGAGAUGGAUGAAGAUGAUUAAUGGAGAGGGUUCAGUUCAAAAGAUAAGAAAAAAAAAAAAGGUAAAAGUAAAGGAAAUGGAAGUAAAGAGGAUGAAGAGGAAGAUGAAGAAGAUUUGUAUGAUGGAGAUGGAAGAUACAUAAAAAAUCAUCCGUAUUAUCACCAUAGAAAGAAUAAAAAAUCGCAUUACCCUUAUAAUUAUCCAGGCAGAUAUCCUGGGGAUGAAGUAUUUGAUGAGGAUUUAAUUUGGAGAUAUCGAUGCAUGAAUAAACAAAACAGAAAUUAAAAUUUUGGAAAUCCCUUUAAUGGAUAUCUUAAUAGGCAUCGUUAAGUUGUCAAUAAAAGCCCAUUUUAUAAUGGUAAUCCAUAUUUAAGACUUAACCCAUAUACUAAAUAGAGUUCGAGUUCAAGUUGUGUUCCUUGGAUGGUUCGAUAAAAUUAUCCUCCAAAUUCAGGGUAUGGGAGAUACUCAAAUUUAUAUAGAGGAAAAUAUUAGGAUCCAGAUUAUGAAUUAAGAGAAGUGUGGCUUAGAUAGCAAUAGUAAUAGCAUUCAAAGCAAUAAGUUUAGAGAUAUAGAGAUUAAGUUGGUUAUUUUAAUUGCUAUGGUUAUGACGACAUGAGACCAAAUUAUUAUGAUGCUAUUUACGGAAUAAAUGAAGAUGAUCCUCGUUAUUAAAUAUAUAAUAGGAAUAUUUAUGAUCCAAAUUUUUUUAGUCCUUUCGAUGAAACAGUUCAUAAUGGUCACAAUUAUGUAAGGGAAAAGCAUUUUAAUGCUAAAUAGGUGUCAAAACCAUUGAAUCAUAGGAUGGUUUAAAAGAAUGUUGAUUUUGAAUAGCAAGAGAAUAAUAGUUGCUUAUAAGUGUUUGACUAGUGCUAUUUUAAAGGAAGAAGUGUUAAUUUAUGUGGAGAAUACCCAGUAAUACCAAAGGAUUUAAAUAGAUUCAAAAUAUUUUCCUAUAUUGUGCCUGAAAACCUUGAGAUUAGAUUUACAUAAUCAGAUUAGAAUGAUGGUAAAAUCUAUUUUAUAUAUAUAGAUAAUGUAUCAGAUAUUUCUGGUUCUGUAGAAUGCUUGCAAACACCUUAUGAAUUGAUACCAUAAUUAUAAGGAUGA